UUUCUCUCCUCUCCCUCUUUUUCUUCUAACAAAAACUUUUAAAAUCAUUUAUCAAAAAAGUACACACUCACACUUUUAAUUAAAAAUAAAUAAAAAUAAAUUAUACGAGUAACAAAAUGAAUAUACUAACUCUAGCUUUAGCAGCCGGAGUAGGUUCCGGAGCUGCUAGAAGCCGUUCAAUAGUUACUGAUGUUAACGAUAUAGAAUUCGGAAACCCUAUGUGGUUCAUAUACGCCGGAAUUUCGUGUGUGUUAGUUUUAUUCGCCGGAAUAAUGUCCGGCUUAACGCUAGGAUUGAUGUCGCUCGGCGUUGUUGAUCUCGAGAUUCUUCAUAGAAGUGGAACCAAUAAAGAGAAGAAACAAGCAGCUGCUAUUCUGCCAGUUGUCCAAAAGCAACAUCAGCUUCUUGUGACGUUGCUUCUGUGUAAUGCUGCAGCCAUGGAGGCUCUUCCUAUUUACCUGGAUAAGAUAUUUCAUCCGGCUGUUGCAGUUGUGUUGUCUGUGACCUUUGUACUGAUCUUUGGAGAGGUAAUUCCACAAGCAAUAUCAGCAAGGUAUGGACUUGCUGUGGGUGCCAACUUUGUGGGCCUUGUUCGAGUUUUGAUGAUCAUUUGCUUUCCUAUUGCUUAUCCUGUUGGAAAGGUUUUAGAUGCUUUAAUUGGGCAUAAUGAUGCCUUGUUUCGGCGUGCCCAGUUGAAAGCUUUGGUCUCUAUUCACAGCCAAGAGGCUGGUAAAGGGGGUGAACUUACCCAUGAUGAGGCUACAAUUAUUAGUGGAGCACUUGAUUUGACGGAAAAGACUGCAGAGGAGGCAAUGACACCUAUUGAAUCAACAUUCUCUCUAGAUGUCAAUUCAAAGUUGGAUUGGGAAGCAAUUGGAAAAAUCCUUGCUAAAGGCCAUAGCCGUGUUCCUGUCUAUUCCGGAAAUCCAAAAAACAUCAUUGGGCUUCUAUUGGUGAAAAGUCUUCUUACAGUUAGGGCUGAAACAGAGACUCCAGUUAGUGAUGUGUCCAUAAGGAAAAUUCCCAGGGUUCCUGCACACAUGCCAUUGUAUGACAUUCUUAAUGAAUUCCAGAAAGGUGGUAGUCAUAUGGCGGCUGUAGUUAAAGUCAAAAGCAAAGAUCAUCCACCUCCUAAUGUUGUUGAUAGAAAGCUUGCUGAUGUUGGUGAUCGUAAAGUUACUGGGAAAAAGACAAAAGGAUAUACAGAUGUAACUAAACCAUUGUUACCCAAGGUUGAAGAGGAACCGGAUCAUGUGGUCAAUAUUGACGAGAAUUCUAAGCCGGCCUUGCAACAUGCAGGUGUCACAACACAAAGUCUGAAUUUUCUUACUGAUGAUGUUGAAGAUGGAGAAGUUAUCGGGAUCAUAACCCUGGAAGACGUCUUUGAAGAGCUUCUACAGGAGGAAAUUGUUGAUGAAACUGAUGUGUAUAUAGACGUACAUAAAAGAAUACGGGUAGUUGCUGCUGCUGCUGCCUCAUCUGUAGCUCGAGCACCCUCAACCAGAAGGCUAGUCGCUCAAAGAGCCACUGGGGUCAAAGAAGACAAGGACAAACCACCACGAUUGUAAUUGCUGAAUCUGAGCGGCCAAAUAUGCAGCUCGAAAGAUUAAAUGCAGUAGUAGUCAAAGUAGAUGGUACUUAUUAAAACACUAUAUUAACCCUUAGGCCUUUAACAUAAAAUAAUUUAGGGCUGUGCUACGUCACACAAAGGGGAAAGUAAAUUUGGUAAAAACUCGAGCAAUAUUUCCUUUUUUUGUCGUUACUAGUUAGGAUUCUCAGGACUCUUACUAUAGGCAAUCUCUACUUUUUGGUAUGUAGCAGAAUUGCCUAUCGUCCAUGGCUAGGUACUUUUUAUGUUUUAUUAUGUAACACAUACUUACAUAAACUUGUUUCUAAGUAAUACUUUGAUAUCAAUAUAUCGUUAGCAUAAA